UUCACGACACAACUGUCGGCUUGGCACUAACUAUAGUUUUUGUUGUGAGCGUUAUGGAGGAUCUCUACGUUAAACCAGGUAAUAAAGAGCGGGGAUGGAACGACCCUCCCCAGUUCUCCUAUAGUUUACAAAAUGCGCAGAGCGGACAAAGGAGAAACAUUCUGAACAAAAGGGUGCCCCCUCCUCAACUGAGUGCUCAGAGUCCUAGUCCAGGAUGUCCUUCUCCACCUAUGGCUAGUUCCACCCCUCCCACAAAAUCUCUGUCUUCUCCUACAUGUGGAACAGUCCAACCCCCUCCAUCAUGUCAAAAACAUCCAUCUACUUUUGGAAAUACAACAUGCCCACAGUCAAGUUCCACGAAAACUGGGGUGGAUUCUCUCAGCGUUAUGUCAGAUGUUGAGCCCAAUAUUGAUGAGGUGAUAGGUUCACUCAGCUGGGCGUUGGCAGCCUGUCAGCAAACCGUCAGGAAACAGGUGUGUGAUGACAUCCAGAGACGACUAAAUCUCUUUGUGGAGAUGUGGAAUGCAGGGAAACUCUCUGCUCCAGUUAAACGAAGGAUGACUAGAUUGGCCCAAGAGCUGAAAAACAAGCAUUUGGAUGCUGCAGAUGAGAUCCAUCGUGGACUUAUGGUAGACUUCGUUAAUGAAGUCAGCCAGUGGAUGGUAGGAGUAAAACGUCUGAUUGCAGAGACCAGAAACCAGACCCCAGAGCAGCUCAAUGCUGAAUACGGAACAGUGACUCCACUGACCUAGUUCAGUGAGAGCAAUGUUUCGAAUUGUUCUGUGUCUCCUCUGGUAUAACUUCUCAUUGUCCAGCGCGGCUGUGUCCUCGUACACCCUGGGCUGUGUUACCUUUCUGCCCAUUCCUUGUUCUCAUAUUUUUCUUUGGGAUUCAUUUUAAAUAAAACAUGAGUUUGAGUAUUAAUCUGCCCAGGAUGAGUAAUCAUUGGAGACUGAUUGUGUACUAUAACCCACCAUUCUCACCAGUUUUGUACCUUUUAUUUGAAAGGAUUGUAGAACAGAGGUUAAAAUUUUAUGCGUCAUUAAGUUGCCAUAGAAACUCAUGAAGAAUGUCACCCAAUGUUCCCAUCACCUUAACAAGGUCCAUAUAUCUGUAAUGAGCUUUUUUAAAACGCUAAAAACGGAAAGAUAAAGCAUUUCUGAACAAGAUAUUUGCAGCUGUGUAGGUGCGUGUAGCAUUGCUUCUUUAAAACACUGUAAUGUUUUACAAAUGCAGUUUAAUCACAGUGAGUUGAAAUGUCUCAGUGUUUGUGAUACAUGUAUAACCUGUGGCUUCAACCACAGUACCUCUGUAAUGAAUUGAACUGCACCGAGAUAUUUUGAUAUGAUGG